ACCCACUUGAUGUGUCUAACUCAGACUGCUGACGCCUCAUAUCGUUUUACACAGAAAGCUACUUUGGAUUUUGUCCCCAAUUACUUACAUUAAAAUAGUUUUAGGAAGGGCUCUCUUUGUGGCCAAUGUCGGGAAACAGUUACAGCAACCAAUAACUCAUUCAAUGUCCAUGUGAGUAUUGUAUUAAGAUCAGUGAACCUAUCCUUUAACAAAGAGACGAGUUAGUUAUUUCAAAUAAACAGGGAACUGUUUAUAACCAGUUGUGUUAACUCUCCUCACCCUACCUUUACUAGAUAAACUUCAUGAGCCCUAAUGUUGCAAACUGUCUACUUACACCAGAUUGGUAGUGACUGACCACAAAAUCAGGCAACCAUGACAACGUCAGGAAAUGGCUCAGAAUAUCAGUCCAGUCUGUCAGUAAGACCAUGAUUUGUUACCUUUUGAAACACACUAGUAGAUUAACCAGGAGGUUAGUCUCGCAGCAGCACUACGACGUUAUAUAUGUUGCUAGUUACGUUUCACAUUUUGAAUUACGUGCACCAGCAAAAGCGUAUCCGUCCGUGUUACCAGUCUCUCCAGUCACCCCACCCAGCUCAAGGAGCUCCCUGGCGGUCUUGUUGACUCCAGGAAAACACCCCCUCCCAGACGGAUGAUCAUAAAGGGGGGGAUCAUAUUUAGGACAGGAGGGAUGUGAAGACAGUCUGAAUCAAGGGGAUGAUUUUUAUAUAGACUGCUGGCGGAUUCAUUGUCUUUGCGUGUCUGCUGGAGUUUGAGUCUGGAUGUGGAUGCUGCGCCGGUGCUGAGAUGCUGAUGACAGGCCGAACCUAUCAAACACCCUCCUGUAUCGUGGAUGCAACCCAAAGCUGAAAUAGCUGAAAGACGAUAAAUACGAGCGAAAGAGAGCAACAGGCCAGUUUGAUCCAGCCUGUAAACGGGGGGCCGGAGCGGCUGUGUGAGGAGGAGUGACCGCGGCGGCGACAUGUUCUGAGCAGAGAGCCGGCGAGCGGCGGCGGCUGGCGGGAUGAAGGUGCCGAGGAGACCGAGGCAGACGCUGCUGCUCCCCCGGUUCUGCGUCUGUGGAGUCGGUCUGCUCGCAGCCGCCUGGGUCUUUCACUUCAAUGAUGUUACAGGCUCCUAUGGAACCACUGUGUAUCAUGACAUCUCCUUGUCCAAGAGAGAGCUCAUCCAGCAAAAAGAGGACAACAACCAGACUGACAGUAUUUCUACAUCUGCUGUCAGUGAUUUUCCUGAAGACAUCUUUACCCAGGAGCAGAGGAGACAGGGAGCGGUUCUCCUUCACGCUCUCUGUGCUAUCUACAUGUUUCAUGCGCUGGCCAUCGUGUGUGAUGUUUAUUUUGUGCCAUCACUGGAAAAAGUAUCAGAGAACCUUCAGCUCAGUCAGGAUGUUGCUGGGGCAACCUUCAUGGCAGCUGGGAGCUCUGCCCCUGAGCUCUUCACCUCUUUGAUUGGGGUGUUUAUCACAAAGGGAGACGUGGGUGUGGGAACUAUUGUGGGAUCAGCUGUCUUUAACAUCCUGGUCAUCAUCGGCAUUUGUGGUAUCUUCUCCGGACAGCCCAUCUCUCUGAGCUGGUGGCCUUUGUUUCGUGAUGCUGUCUUCUACAUCCUGUCCAUAGUGGUGCUUAUCCUGGUGAUCUAUGAUGAAAAAGUCAUGUGGUGGGAGACCAUUAUCCUGAUCUCUAUGUACGGAAUCUACAUAAUCAUCAUGAAGUUCAACAGAUCUCUGUGUAGCCUGGUAGAGAGACACUGCAGGAGGGCAGGUCAGCCGUGUCUGGGCAGUCUGCGACGGACGACUGCUGUCGGAAGCGUUGGAGACUGUGACAACGACAUGGUGCCGCUGAAGCCAGGUGCAGGAGCUCGUGUUUAUUCAUGCGUGGUGGCCGGCCAGGAUUCAGGGGUGGUGAUGGUGGAUGAGAUGCUGAACCUGCACCCCCACCAGCUCUCCUUCUCAGAGGCAAGCCUUCGCCUUCUCAUCACCCCGCAUUUUCCCCCCUUCACCCGCCUGCGCAUGGCAGGAUGCAUUGUCAUCAAUGAGAGGCAGAGGCUGAUUCGUGCUCGAGUCGGCCCGGAGGAGGGGGGAGCUUCAGGGGAGGAGAGUUUGGGUGCUAACGGGCCAUGGGGGAGGGAGAAUGGGACGGUGGCAGAGGGAGACAUGCAGCCGCUGGAUGGAGAGAGGGAGAGGGGUAAAGAGACGGGGGGGGAGACAGGUGGGGGAACACAGCCUAAAGAGGAAGAGGAGGAUGAGGAAGAGCAGGAGGAAGGAGAGGAGGAGAACGCUCCUUUCAAACCCUUUGUCCUGCCAGCAAUGGUGGAUCGUGAAACUCUCUACAUGGAUCUGGGUUGCUCCCCGCUUCCGUCUCUCAAACCAAACCGAUCAUUUCUGAUUGGCAUAAAAAGCAUCAUUACCGAUGGGUGGUGUGUGCGUGUGAAGUGGCUGCUCUCUUGGCCCGUGAGCAUCCUGCUUCACUGCACCAUCCCCGACUGCAGCCUGCCGCGGUGGGAGCGCUGGUACCUUCUCACCUUCCUGUCCUCCACGCUCUGGAUAGCCAUCUUCUCCUACCUCAUGGUCUGGAUGGUGACCAUUAUCAGCUACACACUUGGAAUCCCAGAAGUCAUCAUGGGCAUCACUUUUCUGGCAGCUGGCACCAGUGUCCCUGACUGUAUGGCCAGCCUCAUCGUUGCCCGACGAGGGAUGGGUGACAUGGCUGUGUCCAACUCCAUUGGCAGUAAUAUCUUUGAUGUGCUGCUGGGCCUGGGCUUCCCCUGGGCGCUGAGGACUAUCGUAGUCAGCUAUGGAUCAGUGGUGACAAUCAACAGCAAAGGCCUGGUGUACUCAGUGAUUCUGCUGUUGGCCUCGGUCAUACUUACUGUCCUGUGUGUCCAUCUGAACGGCUGGAGGUUGGACCGCAGGCUGGGACUCUGUCUCAUUCUGCUCUACGCCAUCUUCCUCCUCUGCUCCAUCGGCUUCGAGAGGCUGUAGAGGACACACACACUCCCUACGCAGAGUCAUACAAAAGGACGCACAAACAAGUGGUCCGACUCGUUUUCCACCUUCACUGCUGCCAUUAUUAAUCAAGUGUACGGACAGAUGAAUUUUCAUUUCAUUUCAAAGUGGCUGUACAUGUUUGAGCAGCGUUACUGCGACACCGGCUUCCUGAAAGCUGCAUUGUUUACCUUUGAUAAACGAGUAUUUUACAUAGUUUUGUACCUAGCACCUCCAGCCCAGAUUUUGUGAAAUCAAACCCAACUAAUAAUGCACUAUGUCUCACAACAAAUGUAUGAGGUAUUGAAUUUGUAUUCUGAAACCAAGACUAUUGUAUAAGGAACCCCAAAGUGUGUUAGUUUACUUAUUAAUACUUUACGACUGCCACAAGUAACCUCAGUGACCAGAUGAUUAUACAUGUAAGUUUAUAUAGUUGCUUCUCAGUGCGUGCAGUUAUUUUAUGUCAAGUUUAAUGUCAACUUUUAAUCACGCCUUUUGUGUGUGUAGUUAUAAACAACAUAGCAUGGCUGAUCAUCACGCUCCAGAUAAUUGCACUAAGCCACUAUUGUCUUGGUCUUGUACAUAAUGUAGCGCCCCCCCCUUUCCUAUAAGCUUCUCAGCACAGAAGUGAUUUGCUGGAACAAAGGUGACUGUAUGCUACAAGGUGUUUUUGAAUGUCUGUGUUUGGAGAGAGUCCUUGAGUGUAUGUUGUUGAGUGAAAUAAAACGUUCUGUUCUGGGA